UUAAUUUAUCACUAUUGAGCCAUUUCGCCGUCUUUUCAUAUUUUCCCUGCCUACGGAAUCCAUGGCGUUGUCUACCUACACAUAUGAGCCGCUGGAUGAUACUCAAGAUGAGAUUAGGCUUAUCCGAUUUCUCUCUCGAGAUCAAGACCUCGAGCAAGGCUACUUCAACCCGCCGUUGGAGCUUACUCUUGUCCACGUCUCGCUGGCGGCCCGUCCACAAUACCACGCGUUGUCGUACGUUUGGGGAUCAUCAAUGAAGCCUGAUAUGGUCCGCAUCGAUGGGAAGGCAAUGAACAUCACUAGAAACCUCUAUGAAGCCCUGAUCCGCUUUCAUUUGGACCCUACCGUGGAAUAUCUUUGGGCCGAUGCCUUGUGCAUCAACCAGGCGGAUAACGAUGAGAAAGCCCUCCAGGUCAAAAAAAUGCGGCAGAUAUUCACCCAGGCCACCCGCGUCGUAGCCUACCUGGGCACUCCACCAAGCGGCCGCGAACAGACGGUUGAGAGCAUCGCUUUACGUGGGAGAGAGCUGAUCCUGGAGCACGGGUGGGAUCUAUUCGCAUCGGACCGUCGUGGAUAUCAGGAUCCAGACCAAAUGCCGACGAGCCGUUUCUGGCAAAUAUUUCACCACAUUGCCCAACGAGCUCAUCGCGAUCGAGAAUUCCUGGAGAUGAUCGCCAAGCGAUGGGGCCUUGGAUCUGAUGAUGGAGGCAUCUUUCCUCACCGUGAGAUGCUUUACUUCCUACGUCGGCCGAUCUGGACUAGAGUCUGGAUCAUCCAGGAGUUCACAUGCGCCAAGGACUUAUUCCUGACGUGUGGUCUUUCCGAGCUAAAGUUCAUCUAUUGGAUCAUUGUUUACUGGAUCUAUGUCGAGUUCUACGAAUGGAAGCGUCAUUCUAUGGACCUUGGACCUCGUGCUGCGGAAUACCUCAGCAGCCUCGCAGCGCUGGAGUCUUACACAUUUCAAACCGUCCUUACGAUGCAGUCGAUGCAUCGAUGGGGUCACAUGGAAGCCCUCCGGAAGAAUUCCUUUACACCUCUCCGCGAGCUGCUGGGGAGUACUUUCCGAUUGGGAGCAACGGACCCGAGAGACAGGGUAUUUGCUCUUCUGGGAAUCGCAAAGGACGCGCCGAAGCUAGGGUUGAUACCCAACUACUCGAAGAGCUACGCAGAAGUUCUUCUGGAGACCGCUUGGAGGCUCGUUGCUCGGGGCGUCUUCAUACUAGACGAUAGCCGGGGUCUCAAAAAGUCGGAGCUUGCACCUGAUCUUCCCUCUUGGGCUCCUGAGUGGUCUUUGAGGCCCCCUCAGAAGUUGAACCCCAUAAGACGGGAGGCUAGUCUUAGGUUCUUGGCCAGCGGACAUACUGAAAUGAGCACAGCUUCCCUCAUCGAGGAGGCGGAUUAUUCCCAGAGGGAUCUGUGCAUGUCUGGAAUAUCCGUGGCCUACGUCGUUCAAGUUGGAGAUGUGGUAGACUUUCCAGGCCCACGUGAAACUCCACAAAACCUACAACGAGCUCAGCACUUUCUUGAAGAUCUUCGCCAACUCAGUAAGAACCCUUCCGUCACACGGCCUCCCGGUCAAAGUACAUACGUCCAAGAGGCCUUGAGGAAGAUACCUGUGGCCUAUAGGAGGCUACUGAGAGACGAAGAGAUGCGGGUUGACGACCGGAUCCGAACAGCUUCCCAGUGGCAGACCGAUCUUCCGGAUCGACCAGAGGUCCACAUCUGGGACCCUUCUUUGCUAGAGGCGGAGUUCCAGUUCCUUAGCGGAAAUCAGCGCGUUCCCGCUGAGCUGUCUGAUAGUGAGAGAUCGUCUUGGUUGUUGCAAAACUGUAAGAGGUACUUCGAGGAGUUGCAUCGCUACUCUGAUGAGACAAGGCCGAUGCUAUGCAGUGGUACAAAUGAUGUCACCUUCCUCGGGACGGGGCCACGAGAAAUGCAAGCUGGUGACCAGGUUUUCAUCUUCCAAGGAGCUCACGUUCCCUUUGUCGUCCGGCCUAUGAGUGGAGGACUGUUCCAAGUUGUUGGCGAAACAUAUGUUUACGGCAUGAUGUAUGGUGAGAUGAUAAACGGCCACACUCAGUUUGAAAUGUCGUUGGCCCGGGUCAACACCACCGAGGAGUCCACCGGAGUAUCCCACUCAAGUUACCCCAAUGAAGAGGUCGGAGCGGAUGGGACAGCCCAGUAG